UUGUAUUUGCAAGGAAAGUUUGUAUUUGCAAGGAAGAGUCAGCGCACCUAGCCGGGCGGUGCCACGAGGUGAGACGGGGAUCGUUACAGGGUUGUGAGCCGCCACAUGUGAUGAGCGGUUGUGCCACGAAGCGCCGAUCCAGAAUCGCGCGACCCUAAUCGGCUGAUUCACACACUAUUAGCUGAUUCAUAUACUGUGACUUUCUUAGACUCACCAGCCCCAGCGCCUGUGUAAGAGUACUGUGCAAUACUUUGGCGCGAUUGCUUUAAAGCAACAUGGCCAAACAGGCAGACACUGCUCUCAUCUGCAUCGACAUGCAAAAUGACUUCUUGUUGACCAGCUCGCCGCUUUGCGUGAAGUGCGGGCUGGCCUGCCUCCCACACGUGCAAGAAGCCAUAGCUGCGGCUCGCGCCAAGUCGCUACCUAUCGUCUGGAUCAUUCGCGAGCACGACCCUUCAGGUGUUGACAUUGAGUACACCCGGGUACACCUGCUGCAGUCGGGAGGGGCAGGCGCCACCGUUGCCGGCAGCAAGGGCGCGGAGCUGGUGGAAGGUCUUGAGGUGCAGCCGGGGGAGGCGGUGGUGAUCAAGAGGCGCUUCAGCGCCUUCCUGGCCACACACCUGGACCUGGUGCUCAGGCGCCUGGGUGUGAAGCGUGUGGUGCUGUGCGGCGUGCAGACGCCCAACUGCAUCCGCGCCACGGCGGUUGACGCGCUGGGGCUGGACUACGGCGUGCAGGUGCUCAGCGACGCCACCGCCUCCAAGAGCGAGGCGGUGCAGGAGAACAAUCUGGAGGACAUGCGGUGUAUGGGCAUCGCAACGCCCACCACCGCUGAGUGGAUUGCGGCGUUGGACAAGCUCUGAGAGUGAGGCUGAUGGGGCACACAUGCGUGGACGCGCCGGCGCAGUGAGCUGCUGAUGGAACACGGCAUAGACGCAUGGACUGGAUCACCGGACACUGCGAUUUUGUUGUGUGUUGAGUUCAAGUGAAUCGCACGGGUGGAAAAGCGUGAGCGGCGUUGUGCUGAGGUGCGUACGGGGGGGGGGGGGGACCUUGUAAAUGCCAGCCCAA